UUCUAUUUGUACUAACCUGACAAAGUUUGUAAUCUAGAUUGGCUUGGGUGGUAAACACAAAUUGAAACUAUUUCAAGACAUUUCGGUGCAUAUCCCUCUUCCUAGCUGCUUUUCCAGGUUUAAUUUUACUGGGAUAGUCCACAGUUAGUUAAAACAGGCAUCUAUGUAUAUCUGAGGAUUUAUAAAACAGACCUUCUCAUACCAGUGAUACUAGGGGCCCUCAGGGAACAAGCCUAAAGGAGUAAGAUGGAUCAGAGAAAGUCAUACAUCAGUGAUGGUAUGACAUCAGAAGAUGGUUCAAGUGCAAGACAAAGGCCACCCUCGCAAGCACUGUCAGACACACCUACAUAUGAGGGAUAUUCAAAUGGCUCAUUGAAACCUGGCGAAUCUGAAGUGACACUUAAGAGACAUGUUGGACUUAUGGGAGGAGUCUCACUUAUUGUGGGUACUAUGAUAGGAUCGGGUAUAUUCAUCUCCCCUAAGGGAGUGCUAGAAGGCACAGGAAGUGUGGGUCUUAGCCUGAUAGUGUGGAGUUUAGCAGGAGUACUCUCCAUGUUAGGAGCUUUAGCAUAUGCUGAACUUGGUACAUUUAUUCCGAAAUCUGGAGCUGAAUAUGUUUAUCUCCUAGAGGGAUUUGGAUCAAGGAAUGAGAGAAUUGGAGGCAUUCCAGCUUUCCUAUUCCAGUGGGUCUCUACCCUGUUACUUAAGCCAUCCUCAUUUGCUAUCAUUACCCUAGCUUUUGCAUCCUAUACCCUGGAGCCUUUUUUCCCAGCAUGUGGACCCCCAGAGGUCAUGUUAAAGUGCCUAGCAGCAGUCGCCAUAUUGGUCAUUACAGCAAUAAAUUGUUGGAGUGUGAGACUAGCAACAGGAGUUCAAGUAUUUUUCACAGGGGCAAAACUUGUUGCCAUGGCUGUCAUCAUAAUAGGUGGCAUCGCUAUGUUGGCGAAAGGAAAUACACAAUACCUAACCAACUCGUUCGAAGGUACUACCAAUAAUUUUGGAACAAUAGCCAUUGGGUUUUAUAAUGGUCUAUGGGCGUAUGAUGGCUGGAACAAUCUCAACUAUGUGACAGAAGAGUUAAAGAAUCCAUAUGUCAACCUUCCAAGGUCUAUUAUGAUAGCUAUCCCAUUGGUUACCAUAUGCUAUCUAUUAGUGAAUAUCUCCUAUUUCACUGUGAUGGGAUCAAGUGAAUUAUUGGCAUCAGGAGCUGUUGCUGUGACCUGGGGAGACCAAGUGUUAGGUGUAAUGGCCUGGCUGAUACCCCUUUCUGUGGCAUUCUCCACAUUUGGAGCUGCAAAUGGAUCAUUGUUUUCAAGUGGCAGGUUGUGUUAUGUUGCUGCCCGUGAAGGUCACAUGGUUGAGAUUCUAUCAAUGGUGAAUGUCAGACGCUUAACACCCCUCCCAUCACUUGUGUUCACAGCUAUUAUUGCACUCAUCAUGAUCAUCCCGGGUGACAUCGGGAGCUUGAUUGACUUCUUUAGCUUCACAGCUUGGCUGUUCUAUGGUGGAACUAUGCUGGCCCUUAUUGUCAUGAGGUUUACGCAUAGUGAUGAACCAAGACCAUAUCAGGUGCCUAUAGUGAUCCCUAUCAUCGUGCUUAUUUUCUCCCUUUACCUGAUUGUUGCUCCCAUCAUUAACAAGCCCCAGAUUGAGUUCCUCUAUGCCGCCCUGUUUGUCGUUGGAGGCCUCAUCUUCUAUUUCCCAUUUGUCUACUUCAAACUUAGACCAGGAUGCAUGGAUGGAUUCACAGCUUUCUUUCAACUCCUCAUGGAAUGUUCUCCCUCAGAAUAUGAACCAGAAUCUUGAAUUACAACUUCAAUCUAGCUGGUUCUAUAUCUCACCAUGGAAACACAACUGAAUGUUUGGAGAAACCAAAAGCUACCUAGCUGUAAUAUCUCUAUGGAAAUGUAUCAGUUGAUAGCUGUUCAUUUACACCACUGUGGAAACUCAACAAUUCAAUUAACCCUAUCUUGCAAUUACAUGUACAUUAUAAAGGCCAAUGCCAUUCAUCCUAAUAUACAAGUUACUGAAGAAAAUAUAGUUUGCAUGAGCUAGGAGAAAAAAACAAGUAUAAAAGUCAAACCCAAGAGCAGGUAUAAUUUUGAGGACAUCACCCACAAAAUAUUUACUUGGAUUGGAAACACCUCUAAAUUACCUAUUAUCUACUUGAACACAUUCCUUCCUCGAAUAGAAUUUGCUUUUUCAUGUUUCAUAGUUUUAAAAUGUAUUUCUUGUUAAUAUGGCCAAAGAUGGGAUAUAAAACAUUAAUACGGCAUCCCAGAAUAUUUUAAAUCUACAUUUAGAUGUAGGGAUUUUUUUGUAAAUUGAGGAUGUAUGCAACAAUGGCAUGAGCAAACUGUCAACUGAAUUUUCAAAAAUGAUGUAACUGUUAUUAAUUUUUAGAUGUUAUUUAUGCAAGUUCUGGCAUAUGUUUCUACUAUUAUUGUUUUCUACAUUCCAAUAUCAAAGAAAUAAAGUGUAUCAAUGCCUUUUAGGGGGUCCAUGUUUCUGCGUUACCCUGUAUAUAAGCCACUUUGAUCCAAAAUGUGAAAGGGGCAAUUGAAAAUUUGGAUUUGAUGAGUUAUAGAAAUGAAAAAUGGAAAAAAUUGAAUGAAAUUGCAAUCAUAUGAAAAAAUGAAUGCUUUAAAAAGAAGCUCAAACUUUUGUAAAAUAUUGAGGUGCUGUAUAGUGUUAAUUGUCAGUAUAUGUACUUGUAUGUAUAUCUUUGUAUAAAUGCAUAAAUCUAUUUUAGCUGUAUAU